AUGGCGGACCGGCAUUCGAAGAAGAAGGCCUGUCUGUGCAUGCCGAGGGGAUGUGAGGAGGAGCUAGGUGGGCUGCCGAACCAGGAAGAGCCCUCGUCGAGAGAAGAAGCCAUCUCCUGGUCGGGAGGCUUCACAAGAGCAGAGGACGCCACCAGGCCAGGUGGGCUGCCGAAUGAGCGAGAGCCGGACCGACUGGAGACACCGUCGAGACGGGAGGUCGUCUCCUGGCUCGGCGGAGGGGGACCCGCCUGCGUGGAGCAGGCCGUGGCUGAUGCCGCGGCAGAGGACAGCGAGGACGAGGAGCGGGCCCUGGACCGCCUGCUGCUGGCGUGCGAGGACCGGCGCCGGGCCAGGCCGCGCUCGCCGGCUCGCAGGGCCGCCGCGACGCCCGUGGUCGUGGAGCGGGCCAUCGGCGACAACAUGGCGUCCACCUUCCUGUUCGGCCUGCGCGUGGUGGACUUCGGACCGGCGAGGACGCUCGACAUACCCCACAGCGCGGUCACCCGCGCGCCGCGGCUGGAGCGGUCCCGGCACGUUCCCUGCAGGACCCCUCACAGGAUGCGCGAGGCGUGGACGUGGUCCUCGCAGGCGCGCGAGGAGGCCGAGCUGCGGCGACUGCGCAUCAACACCUUCCGGCAGGCCAUCGAGAACCUGCGCCACCGGCACCGCCGCGCGCCGCCGCCCUGCGACGUGUUCCCGCCGCCCAGCCGCCUGCUGCAGGCCAGGGACUCCCUCGAGGUCAUGCUGGCCCGCUCGCGCAGGACCGACGCCGACGACGAGUCCUCGGACGACGACACGCCCCCCGCGCGCCAGCGGAGGUACUCCCGGGACAGACCCGACCGCCCCAGACACUCCGACUCGGACUGCUCCGACUCCACCAGCGAGCAGCAAGUCAUGGUCCGACCGCCGCCCCUCCUCGGGACCCCGGACAGUGUCUCCAAGUGCUCCUCCGACCGCGAGGACGAUUCUGACGACGAUCCACCGGCAAGCCCCACGGAGGCCCCCGGGUUCCUUCCGCUCAGAGUCACCAAGUACAGAGCGCAAGAGGACCUUUCUGGCAGCAGCAAACCAAUCAGGAAGAAGGUCAAAAUUCAGUUUGGCAAGAGGAUGCAUGCCCGCAAGAGAAAACUUGCCACUUCACACGUCCAAAACAGCAGCUUGUCUUCUGCAAACGUGGGAAGAUCGAACUCCGAUAGUCCUCAGGAAUGUACAGAAAUAAAACCUGAACCGACUAACUCUGAAACUUCUGACGGAAAAUCAGUUGAGAUGACGAAUAACGAGUCAUCAUUUGACUCAUUAAGUGGUGUCGUGAGUAAAACUGAGAGCACGACAGUAAACUGGCCCUCGGACGGAGAGGACGAAGAGAAGGCUGAUGAAAGGAUAACAGAGCUGUCGUCCGAGCACGAGAUCGUCCAAGUGCUGUACAAGGACAUCCCGAGAGAACUCUCCGUCAAGUCCGUAACCACGGAGUCGGAAGGAAAUCCUAGCACGGCAAGCUUGGAGGCCCAGAUACCCGUGCUGUCGGUGGGAGCCAUCGAGUGCCACAGUGUGAGCGGCAAAGUUGACAUCAACCGCCAAGCUAAGCUGGGCACGAGCGAAUCUGCGAGUGAUCUGGUGGCCGCUGGUUCCUGCGACAAAGAAGCGCUGGGACAUCCCGAGGAGAGAGACGUGCCGCGUCGGGCGAAGCAAGGCGCCAAGUGUCAGGACGAGGACACAGUGAUGUUCAUGUGGCCGUCGUACGUGAUGGUCAGGAUGACCAAGAGCUCCGUGAAGGUGCACACGAGCGCGGAUCCUGGAGGAAGCGCCGAGCACGUGAUCAUCAGGAACCCCGAGUGUGUGGUGGUGAAGUCGCCGCAGAGCAGCUCCCGUGUGGGGCGGCGCUCCACGGAGGCCAUAUACGUGAACAGCAGGACGGACACCCGCGCCGGCGCAACCGACACCGACGACGAAGACACGGCUCCAAGAGUCUCCCGCCAUCCGCGACCCGAGGCAUGACCCGUCAGUUCCCCGAGCCAAUCAAAUAAAGUAUUUAAGUGACCA